GUCCGCAGCCAUAGCUGCUAACCUUCUCCCUUUUCGUUCUAUGUUUUGCAUUACGACGACAACGUGCUGGUAAAUCUGCUGAGCAUACCUAUCUGACGCCAAUCCCGGCCAACCACUGCACGGCCACAUGCCACCUUUCCAUCCCACAGCGCGCGAGCUAUGUCUGCUUAGUGCGCUCCUCAUCGGGCUCCUGUACUUCUCGGCGACCUUCCCAAGACAUUCCGGCUCUGUUGGGGACUACAUACGGACAGCGCCGCACGUCGUGGAAGACGUGCUGGAUGUGCAGCCACUUACGCUCGAGACACAAUAUACGCUGCAAGCCUUGAACCCCGCCUUUCGCUGGGGCACGGGACAGGUGCCGGAGACCAAAAUUGUGGCACAUGUGCCAGGAUGGACAAUAUUCGACCGCCUCUACGUCCUCAAUGGCACCAUCUACCUCGUCACGGACUCUCCUCAAGACGUACCGGAACGGAAGUUCAUGAUCUCCUCCGCCGCGUUCAUUGAGAAUGGGCCAGAGGCGGAGGCACGCCGAUUGCCGUCGGACAAGGAUAUGCGCGUAAUCUCCACGGAAGAGGCGCGUCGAAUAUUUGGGACGGAGGCUGAGCGGUUGGACGGCGUAUCAUGGCUCGCGAACGACCCGAAACAAUUUAUCACCCACUACUACCAUUGGUCCGCAGAGCUCUUCUUUGGUUUCUGGCGAACCUACUCCUCGCUGGACCCCACUAUCCCCACCUCCGGCGAGACGUCGUUACCCUCUCCACGGCGGUUCAUCUUCUCGCACCUGGACGCGGCGAACUGGCGCGACUACGCAGCGAUGAACCAAUGGGUACUGCGCUCUUCCUUCCCCUCGAUCGCGACCGAGUUCAUGGACGACUGGAAAGAGCGCGCAGCACUCGCGCGCGUGUUCGUGUUCGACCGCGUCGUACUCGGUGACCGUGCCGCGGCAAUGCAGGGGGAGAUGUACUUGCGCACGCAGCGUACGGCCGCGAACGCGUUCUCGCUGCCUGGGAGCGUGAACUGGUGGACGACGAUCCGGAACAAUGUCGUCGGGUUUGCGGCGGCUGACGACAAUGCGGGCGCGAUGUCGGUUGCGGGCGUGCCCACCCGCCCCGUGAUCACAUACAUCUCGCGUCAAGGCUGGAACCGCCGCAUGCUCGUUCAGGCGGACCACGACAAGCUCGUGCAGGAGCUGUACCGGCUGCGCGACGAGCACGGAUACGAGGUGAACGUUGUGGAGAUGGACAAGCUCACGCGGAUUGAGCAGUUCCGUCUCGCGGCGCGGACAACGAUCAUGAUGGGUGUACACGGAAACGGUCUGACGGCUCUGCUCUGGAUGCGCCCCACCCCGCGGUCGACGGUUAUGGAGUUCUUCUACCCGGGCGGUUUCGCGCACGACUACGAGUACACGACGCGUGCGUUGGGCAUGGUGCACUACGGCUUCUGGGGGGACCGGUAUUUCACGCGUCCGGACGUACCUCCCGUCGCAUACCCCGAGGGGUUCCAGGGCAACAGCAUCCCGAUCGAUGGUGCGCUAGUGGCGGAGCUUGUCCACGAGCGGCUCACGCUGUCGGAGGAGGCGGACGACUAGGCCGUUGCCAGUCGCACAGCGAGGUAGAUAGACUGAUCGCGAGGUAGACGGUAUCAUACAAACGACUGGUAAUUCACUCUGUAACUUAUAACUACUCGCACUUCGAUCGCACAGAAUAC